AUGGAACCCCCCGCCGAGGGCCGGCAAGAGAAUUCAGCUCUCACGGAGGCAGCCGCCGAGUUUCUGAGCCUGAUCGGACCACAGGAUUUAGAGCGUUGCGUGUUUGCCGAGACGCUGGACGUGGUGGCAGAGGGGGGCCAGCCAAGAGGCCAGGCAGGGGCCCGGUGGUGGGCUGCAGCCGAGUGGGCACCCUAUAAGCAGGCAGGCGAACUGGUGAGGAGCUGCCUCCUGGUGCAGGCCCGCGGCAGGCAGGACGGUGUGCCCGGCUCCAGGACCCUCAAAGCCUAUGUGACCCCGCAGCUGGAGACCUUGGAGCAGGAGGAGCAGGAACGCCUGGAGCUAGAAGAAUACACCAUAGAGAGGAGGACCCACAUAAUAAGCCAUCAUCAUGGGAUGACUGUCACAAAGAUCCUCCAGGAAGGAGAGGCAGAGCCACAGUGCUGGAGUUUCUCCUACAGCCAGGCCAAGCUGCAGGGGCUGCUGCUGGAGGGUGCCAGUCUCCUGCUGCUGCGGGUGCUGGCAUGCCGGCAGGCAGUGCCUCCUGGCCUCAUCUUCCCAGCCUUUGACAUCCAAGGCCACCUCUGCACCUCAAGCUAUCAUGCCCUGGGCAUCCAGCGGCAGGCAGUGGGCUCAGUGGAGAUGGAGGUGUUUGUGGUUGAGCAAACCCUGCACGCUGGCACAGGCAUCUCCACCAUCUGGCACAGCAGCUUCCUCCCCAAUGGGUAUGAGGGGGUCUCCAGGGGCACCUAUGCCAAGCCUAUGCCAGCUUGGCGAGGAGCCAGGAGGCAGGGGGGGCUCACCGUCUCUUCCUCCCACAGGCGUUUGGCACGGCUAGUGCAGGUCGGCUGCCCAGUUCAAAUGCUUCUGCAGGAUGAAUCAGUCCUCACCGAGAAAGGUAGGAUCAAGCCCCAGCCCCACUUUGCCAAACAGCCCCUGGACUGGGAGGAGGACAUCCAGCUCUACUCCUGGUUCCAGGACAGGAAGGAGGAGCUGCAAGCGUCCUACAGCACUUAUGUGCAGCAGCACCCGGAGCUCAAGGCACAGAUGGCUGAUUUUCUCCUGGCCCUGCUCUUCCGGCGGCUUCAUGACCCUGUCUCCUUCACCACCCAAUUCUUCACCCCCUUUGACCACCAGCAGCCCCCUGGGGACUGCUUUGCCUCUGCUGAGGCUGUCAGACCGGGCAGACCCCCAUGCCCACCUCUUUUUGGGGCACAGCACAGCCGCCAGAGGGCCACAAGGGUCCUGGGGUGCCCCACUUUUGUGGACACAAGCCUGACCUGCAACAACACUGAGCACCUCAUCUUUGUGCUGAGGGUCCUCCCACUUGGGGUGGUGUGA